AUGAGAUUGCUUACCUGUUGGUUCCAGAUCGAGGCUCCAAUGCUGGCUAUUGGAGCGACUGCUUCUUUAAACGCAUCGAUUCUUACGAUUUUCAAACCUCUCACCAAGCCUCGCACGGCACUCCAACUAUUACCUGCCUCUACCAGGGCUAUCACUGCUAUUACUGCUGCUCUUAUUUAUACUGCCGACCAAUACUCGGCCUCUUCAUUAUCUAUCUAUCUAUCUAUCUAUCUAUCUAUCUGUCUCAAUCUUUUCAAUCUUUUUAUAUUUAUCUGUCUACUGUUUGUUAAAAUAUAUCUAUCUCAGUAUGCUCAUAUGUAUCUAUCUCUGUUUGUUAAUAUCUAUCUAUCUAUCUAUCUAUCUAUCUAUCUAUCUAUCUAUCUAUCUAUCUAUCUAUCUAUCUAUCUAAACCUGUUCAUAUCUAUCUAUCUAUCUAUCUAUCUAUCUAUCUAUCUAUCUAUCUAUCUCAAUCUUUUCAUAUUUAUCUGUCUACUGUUAAAAUAUAUCUAUCUCAGUAUGCUCAUAUCUAUCUAUCUCUAUCUGAGUUUGUUAAUAUCUAUCUAUCUAUCUAUCUAUCUAUCUAUCUAUCUAUCUAUCUAUCAGCAGUUUGUUCAUAUCUAUCUAUCUAUCUAUCUAUCUAUCUAUCUAUCUAUCUAUCUGCUUUAG